UUUCCCUCGUUCUUCCCCCAGCUAUACCCCCGCCAUGCGUCCCUCCCUCCCCAGUCUCGUCAACAUCCUCGUCCCCGUCAAGAGGUCCAUCGACUAUGCCGUCAAGAUCCGGGUCGCCUCAGACGGCAAGAGCGUCGACACCAAUGUCAAGCACUCUAUGAACCCGUUUGACGAAAUCGCUGUUGAAGAAGCCAUCCGUCUCAAGACCAACUCUGGCGAGCCCGUCUCUUCCAUCACCGCCCUCUCUAUUGGCCCUGCCAAGGCCAUCGACACUAUCCGUACCGCUCUCGCCAUGGGUGCCGACACUGGUAUUCACAUUGUCACCCCCGAGAACACCAUCGUCGAGCCCCUCUCUGUCGCUCAUGCUAUCAAGGCCAUUGUCGAGCGCUCGCAGGGAACGGAUAAGAAGUUUGACUUGCUGCUGAUGGGCAAGCAGGCGAUUGACGAUGACUCGGGAGCGACCGGAGGAAUGGUGGCUGGUAUGCUUGGAUGGGGACAGGGUAGUUUUGCGAGCAAGGUUAUGAUUGAGAAGGGAGGUAAGGCCCAGGUGACCCGGGAGAUUGAUGGUGGUUUGGAAAAGAUUGAGAGCGAGUUGCCCAUGGUCAUCACUACCGACCUGCGUCUUAACGAGCCCCGAUAUGCUUCUCUGCCCAACAUCAUGAAGGCUAAGAAGAAGAAGGUCGAGGCCCUCAAGCCCGAAGACCUCAACCUUGACUUUACCCCUCGACUCAAGACCAUCUCUGUUACCGAGCCUCCCAAGAGGACAGGCGGUGCCAAGGUCGAGAACGUCCAGGAGCUGGUCAGCAAGAUGAAGGAAGCGGGUAUUCUGUGAGAUACCCCAUUGUAGCCAGGAGAUAUGCAUGAUUGCUACCGGGAGCACGUACUGAGAUACACCUGGAGAGUACAUAGCCAUGAUCCUAGGGAUACAUAUACCCCAUGCGACCGGUCUCCAGACCUGCUCAUAGUUCAGGCGAUUCCAGGCACGCAUCAAAUGGCAUCUCAUUGUUUCUUUCGCGA